CCCAUGUUGCUCUCUCUUUCUAAACUUGUCUUUCUCUAUCCAUCAACAAAAUAUCUAUACCACACCACUUCUUCCCCGGGCAACAAAGAAUCUCUCUCUCUAUAUGCAAGGGGGGGAGGGGGGAGAAAAACCAAUAACAGUAACCUCCUUUUCAAAUGAAUCCAUCAUCUCUUCUUCUUGAUUGUUCAAAAACAAACCAGAAAAGGAUACGGCUUUUUUGAUCUUCUUUCUAUUGAGAAAAACAACCCUAGAAAUGAGUAGCUUUGAAGAGUCUUUAAGAUCUCUCUCCCUGGACUACCUCAAUCUACUCAUCAACGGUCAAGCUUUCUCCGAUGUGACUUUCAGCGUGGAGGGUCGUUUAGUUCAUGCCCACAGAUGUAUUUUAGCUGCACGGAGUCUCUUCUUUAGGAAAUUCUUCUGUGGACCCGAUCCUCCGUCUGGGUUAGACCCGGUUGGUUCGAGGAUGAGCUCGGGAGGUUCGCCGGCGUCGGCAGCGGGGUCUCGUCCUGGUGUUAUACCGGUGAACUCGGUGGGAUAUGAAGUGUUCUUGCUGCUGUUACAGUUCCUGUACAGCGGACAAGUCUCUAUUGUGCCUCAAAAGCAUGAGCCGAGGCCUAAUUGUAGUGAGAGAGCGUGUUGGCAUACGCAUUGCACCUCCGCCGUUGAUCUGGCUCUCGAUACUCUCGCCGCCGCUAGAUACUUUGGUGUCGAACAGCUUGCAUUUCUUACUCAGAAACAAUUGGUGAGUAUGGUUGAGAAGGCAUCCAUCGAAGAUGUUAUGAAAGUACUAAUAGCUUCGAGAAAGCAAGACAUGCACCAGCUUUGGACUACUUGUUCACACCUAGUGGCUAAAUCGGGGUUACCACCGGAAGUUCUCGCCAAGCAUCUGCCUGUCGACGUGGUGGCCAAAAUCGAAGAGCUGCGUCUCAAGUCAUCGCUAGCGAGGCGGUCGUUGGUCCACCAUCAUCAUCACUACCAGCACCACCACCAUGAGCUGUCCGCGGCCGCUGAUCUCGAGGACCAGAAGAUUCGAAGGAUGAGAAGGGCAUUGGACUCAUCGGAUGUGGAACUAGUCAAGCUCAUGGUAAUGGGAGAAGGUCUGAAUCUUGAUGAAGCACUGGCUCUACACUAUGCUGUCGAGAAUUGCAGCCGGGAAGUGGUUAAAACCUUGUUAGAGCUCGGUGCAGCCGACGUUAACUACCCGGCGGGACCUGUAGGCAAAACCCCACUUCACAUUGCGGCGGAAAUGGUGUCACCGGAUAUGGUGGCGGUGCUUCUAGACCACCACGCGGAUCCUAACGUAAGAACCGUCGAUGGGGUGACUCCACUAGACAUCCUUCGAACUUUAACCUCGGAUUUCUUGUUCAAAGGUGCGGUCCCAGGGCUAACUCACAUUGAACCCAAUAAGCUUAGGCUAUGCCUAGAGCUGGUUCAAUCAGCAGCCAUGGUUAUCUCGCGUGAAGAAGGGAGCGGAAACACACCAACUUCAACCGCGAUUUACCCUCCGAUGAGCGACGAACACAACAGCAGCAGCAGUGGGAACCUGAAUUUGGAUUCGAGGAUGGUUUAUCUGAAUCUGGGUGCUACCCGAAUGGGAUCGAGAAUGGAGGGUGACGAUGAGAGCAGCCACAACAGUCAAAGGGAAGCCAUGAACCGACAUGACACAUCAAUGUACCAUCACUCUCAUGACUUCUAGCUCCAACUCUCUCUCUCUCCAUAUAUAUAUAUAUAUAUAUUAUAUAAAAAAAGUGAAUGAUGAAAGACAGGCAAAAUAGUAUGAAAACUCAUUCAUGAGAGAUUAUUGGAUUUAUAUAUUUGUCAGUCCUUUGAUUUCAAUUACAAGUCUAUUUUUUCUCUCAUGGAUAUCAAGUGCAGUUUCAUCGGAGAUGAGACAAGGAGAAUUAGAGAUUUGCUCUGUGGUGUUGAUGGAGGGAGAAAUUCAGGUCAAUCUGUCAACUCCUCUGUAUUCAUUCAUAGUAUCUAAAAUACAAUGCCCUCUUUUCACUG